AUAUUCACACCACCCAAGAAAAGUUGCAGAUUCUUUCUAUUCUACUCUCCAGCUUAUUAAUACUCUAAUCUCUCUAUCUCUCUCUCUCUCUUAACAAAAGUGAACAAAAGGGUACUUUCUCUCCACUAGAACCGCUGUUUUUUCUGUGUCAUUUCACUUGCUCUUCUAUGGAGGCUUAAAUGUUAGUGGGCAUCUAUCUCUUUACUUACCCUUCUUCACAGCUGUUUCCAAGUUCCUCAAAAGGCUCUCUAGUCUCUGCGUUUCUGGUUUUUCUUUACUGGUUAACAUCUCUUUCUUGGAAAAGACUGAUUCUUGAAAGUGGAGUAUAUGGGUUUUUGAAGAAUUAAAGCUUGGGGUAGUGUUUGGUUUCUGGGAAAGUUUAAUUUAGCUCUCAUUUUGCUCUUAUCUCUAAUGGAAGGCAUUAAUCGGGUGCAUUUAGUGCUCGUGCUUUCUUUGGGGAUAUUUAUGGGCACCUUAUGUCAGGAUGAUUCAGAUAGUACAAUUUCAGCUGUGUAUAUUGUUACACUUAAGCAAACUCCUGUUUCUCAUUACUAUGGUGAGCUUAGAAAGGAAACAAAUGUGUUUAAUCAUGGUCCCUCUGGUAGAAGAAAUAGACUGCACAGGCCAAGGCACAACUCGAGCUCUCAUCAAAGUUCUGGUUCUUAUAUAGCUCGAGUUCAUGAUUCAUUAUUGAGGAGGGUACUAAGGGGGGAGAAGUACCUGAAAUUGUAUAGCUACCACUACUUGAUCAAUGGAUUUGCUGUUCUUGUUACCCAACAACAGGCGGACAAACUAUCAAGGAGGAGAGAAGUCGCAAAUGUGGUUCUGGAUUUUUCUGUUAGAACAGCAACCACCCACACUCCACAGUUCUUGGGUCUUCCACAAGGGGCAUGGGUCAAAGAAGGUGGAUAUGAAGCAGCUGGUGAAGGAAUUGUAAUUGGGUUCAUUGAUACUGGCAUUGAUCCUACUCAUCCUAGCUUUGCUGACGAUAUAUCUGAGCACUCAUAUCCAGUUCCUGGUCACUAUUCUGGUAUUUGUGAGGUUACUCGAGACUUCCCUUCUGGUUCGUGCAAUAGGAAGCUUAUUGGAGCCCGGCAUUUUGCAGCUUCUGCUAUCACUAGGGGAAUUUUCAAUUCUUCUGAGGAUUAUGCUUCCCCCUUUGAUGGUGAUGGGCAUGGCACGCAUACUGCCUCUGUUGCUGCUGGAAACCAUGGGAUUCCCGUGAUUGUUGCAGGACAUCACUUCGGAAAUGCAAGUGGGAUGGCCCCUCGUGCUCAUAUUGCGGUAUACAAGGCAUUGUACAAGAGUUUUGGAGGCUUUGCCGCUGAUGUAGUUGCUGCAAUAGACCAGGCAGCUCAGGAUGGGGUUGACAUUAUUAGUUUAUCAAUCACUCCAAACAGGCGCCCUCCUGGUCUUGCAACAUUCUUUAAUCCCAUAGAUAUGGCUCUGCUGUCAGCGGUGAAGGCUGGCAUUUUUGUUGUGCAAGCAGCAGGCAAUACCGGACCAUCGCCCAAGAGCAUGUCUUCCUUCAGCCCAUGGAUUUUCACUGUUGGUGCUGCUUCUCAUGACCGAGACUACAGUAACUCUAUGACUCUUGGCAACAAUGUUACCAUUCCUGGAGUUGGACUUGCUCCGGGAACAAAAGAUGCUUCGUACACUUUGAUAUCUGCAAUUCAUGCUCUGAACAAUGAUACAACUGUUACCACUGAUAUGUAUGUGGGUGAAUGCCAAGAUUCAAGUAACUUCAAUCAGGAUGUGGUACAAGGAAAUCUCCUGAUAUGUAGUUAUUCUAUCCGAUUUGUUCUUGGGCUCUCCACCAUCAAACAAGCCUUAGAAACAGCUAAAAACCUCAGUGCUGCUGGUGUUGUGUUCUAUAUGGAUCCUUUUGUAAUUGGUUUUCGGCUUAAUCCAAUUCCAAUGAGGAUGCCUGGCAUCAUAAUUUCGUCCCCUGAUGAUUCCAAGAUUUUACUUAAUUACUACAAUUCUUCUUUGGAGAUAGAUGCAAUGUCAAAGAAAAUCAUUAAAUUUGGGGCGGUUGCAUGCAUUUCAGGUGGACUGAAAGCUAACUACAGUAAUUCUGCUCCUGUAGUUAUGUUUUACUCUGCUAGAGGACCAGAUCCGGAAGACAGUUUUCUUGAUGAUGCUGAUAUUUUGAAACCCAACCUGGUAGCUCCAGGAAAUUCUAUAUGGGCUGCUUGGAGUUCUCUUGGAACUGACUCGGUAGAAUUCCAAGGUGAGAAUUUUGCAAUGAUGUCUGGGACAAGCAUGGCUGCUCCUCAUGUUGCUGGGCUUGCUGCAUUGAUUAAACAAAACUUCCCCAGUUUCAGUCCUUCAGCGAUUGCUUCUGCUCUCUCGACAACAGCUUCUUUAAUUGACAAAAACGGUAGGUCAAUAAUGGCUCAACGUGCUUAUGCCAACCCAGAUCAAAAUAAAUCUCCAGCAACACCAUUUGAUAUGGGCAGUGGUUUUGUGAAUGCAACAGCGGCUCUGGAUCCAGGCCUAAUUUUCGAUUCCAGUUAUGAUGAUUAUAUGUCAUUUCUCUGUGGAAUCAAUGGCUCUGGUCCUGUGGUCUUCAAUUACACAGGCCAAAAUUGUUGGACAUAUAAUUCAACUAUCAACGGUAGUGAUUUGAACUUGCCCUCAAUCACAAUUUCUAAGCUAGAUCAGUAUCGGAUGGUCCAAAGAACAGUAACCAACAUUGCUGGCAACGAGUCGUAUAAUGUCGGUUGGAGCGCACCAUAUGGGGUGGCAGUUAAGGUGGCUCCAACUCACUUCACUAUUGCCAGUGGAGAAAAGCUGGUAUUGAAUAUAAUGUUGAAUGCGACUAUGAACAGCACUGUUGCUGGCUAUGGAAGGAUUGGACUUUUUGGAAAUAAGGGUCAUGUUCUUAAUAUUCCAAUGGCAGUAAUUCUUAAAACCUAUUACAAUACAACUAAUAUAUAGCUGAGGAAUGAGAAUGUUUUUUAUUUUUUUCCCCCCCUUCUCUUAAAAUGUCUUAUAACCUGUUUUUAGGUUUUUGUAUUUGUAAUUUUUUGAUAUGCCUGUGAGAUGUAUCAACCAAUUUUUUCAUUCAUUUUCAUGUAAAUGCCAAACAUUUGUGAUAUAGAUGUGAUUUAUUAAUUA